AUGAAUGCAUUGCCGAACGCGAGUGCAGCUCCCAAAUCAGAAAGUCCCGAUGCUUCGAGUAAACGGAUACGCAUCAGUCGUGCAUGCGACUUUUGCCGACGAAAAAAGGUGAAAUGCCACUUCACUCCUGGCACGCCAUGUUCCAACUGUGUCUCCUAUGGUGUAUCAUGCGAGUUUACAGACAAUGCCAAAAAGAGAGGACCCCCUAAAGGCUUCAUUGAUGGAUUGGAGAAACGAAUACGAAGAAUUGAGUCCAUUUUGGCAGGAGGUGCAGCAGCAGGAAUAGACGAACCGCAUCCGACACAACAACCAUGUCCAUUCCAGCAGCAACAACAACAGCAUCAGCAACAACAGCAACCCUUUGUCGUAUCACGUAAAGGCUAUGUACGGUCCAAGGCACCUUCUGCAAAGCACAUACGAUGCGUUGGUGAUACAUCCAUGCUCUUGUUACUACAAAAGAAGCUUUCCAUUGGCCGCAUUAGCGAAUUGAUGAACCACAUUGCACCAGGACCCGAUUUUCAUCAAUAUGGUCGAGAACUUGUACAAGUAUUGGAUGAUCAAGUGAGCAUGUCCCAACUCUUCCCCGACGCAAUGCAUCUACAACGCGGUGUCAAUUUCUGGAUUUACACAACGACAGGUGCCGAUCGACAUACCAGUGAUCGUUUAUUACAAAUUUAUUUCCUCAACAUUCAUCCCGUUUUACCAGUCGUGGAUAAGGUGGAAUUUUUACGGCAAUAUCGUGAUCAAGCUGACAAUUUUCCUGCUGCUGAGCUCAUGAAUGCCAUGUUUGGUGCCGCUGCACGAUUUGUUGAAUAUGAGACGCAGCACAGCGAGACAACGAUGAAGCCUGAGGCACGAUGGGACGUUCCUGCAGGAUGGAGUGAUCAUUUUUUCGACCAAGUGGAAUCCUUUUUACGGACGAAUCCUGGCAAUAGUAGCUUAUCCACUGCACAAGCCAUGAUUUUGCUCAUCAAUACCACGUCCAAAAUGACUGCAAAGUCUUCAGCAUCCUGGUUGAUGAAUGGAUUGGGUCAAGCAUUGGGCCUUCAUCGCUGUUGUUCAGAAUGGAAAAUCAGUAACGAAGAAAAGGAACUACGUAGAAGGAUUUGGUGGGGUAUGUUUAUUGGAGAUCGAUUUCAAGCAGCUGCUUUGGGUCGUCCAACAUCGAUACGUGAAGAGGACGCCGACGUGGAAUAUCCCAGCACUGUUGUCAGUUGGCGUGAAGUACUUGAUGAACCAUCAGGGCCAGAGGAUGACGCUUAUCCACGAUUCCCAUCCUCCACCUUCAGACCGGCAUCCCUGGAUGGAAGUGUAGAGCUCUAUCAAAUAUUCUUGCAAUUGGUCAAGCUAUCCGAGAUCCUUGGACGAAUUCUUCUUGGCAUGUAUACACCAGGUGCUCGGCGAUGUUCUGCUGUCCAGGGAUAUGAUGCCAUUGUCACGCGUCUGGAUUAUGAAUUGACCGAAUGGCACCAAGGCUUUCCAUUAGCACUCAAGAAUACAAAACACAAGGACUUUGAUGAAAAGAAUGGCUAUUUUGCCUCUAGCAUUGCAUCCAUAUUACUUGCCUACUUUUCAUGCCUCAUUUUACUUCAUCGACCCUUUAUUGAACGCGAUGUCAGCGCGAGUGAUGAAAAGACCCGAUCGUCUUAUGUCUCUUUUCGAAUCAGUACCAGUGCUGCCAGUCGUGGUGUUCGAAUUGCCGAGCGGAUGACAGGGCGUGAUUUCAUGAUGUUUCCUUACUUGUUCAACGUUUAUCCGAUCCUUCAAUUUUGUUUAAUUCACCUGUACAAUGCACGCAAUCCCGAUGUCAGGAUAUCUACAGCGGGCCGAAAGGAUUUACGCAAAUCAUUGCAAUUUGUCGAACGCGUCAAAAACAUAUCAUCCAGGACAAAGUCAUUAUACGACGUGGUGCAAUUGAUCAUGAAGAAUCUUGGUGGCGAUCUUCAAUUAAGCAGCAGCAGCAGCAGCCAUUCAAGUCCCAUUGGCCACCAUGCAUCGCCUCGUCGUGAACCGGUUUCAACGACAGCAGGUGUUCCUCGCAAAGUAUCUGAUGUAGGCCGUGGAAGUAAUCCUCCUCCACCACCAUCACCCAUGCAACAACAGCAAUUGACGCCAAAGCAUGAAGCAACAACCACGAUACCCUCUGAUGCAUUUUCCAUCGAACAACAAUCCCAUGCUUCUCCUUCACAUUCUGAAUCAUCCUUUUCGGAAGCCUUCACUUUAAAGCAAUUUGGAUUUGAUGUACCCAUGGAUAAUUCAUCGGCUGCAGCGUUUUUACAACAACAAGAUAUGACUUCGUUUACAUCAACGCCCUUGGUAGGAGGUGGAGGAGGAGGUCCUACUUCAUCCCUGUAUCCAUCCUAUCCACCACAACAGCCCACAGUACCUGAUUCGACAACAGCACCUUACCCAUCUUCGGUGAUGAAUACUACUGCAAUGCAACCACAACAGUUUUAUGGCAUGUUCCCAGGACAAGAUGCUUCUGCAGCACAAUCCAAUUUUAGAAACAAUCCCAACAACCCAUUUGUAAGCUUGCCAUCAUCGAUGGAUUGGUCAGAUUGGAUUCAAUGGAUGGUACAACGUGGUCCAAGUGACAAUAACGGAUGGCAACCUUAUCCCAGUACCUGA